AUGCUCAGAUGUCUAGAGCAAAACAACGUUGGGUGUCUAGACACCUACAUAGCACAUCGAACAUCGUCCUACAAUGACGGAGAUGCGCAAGAGAAAUGUCCACGAGUGGUUGGUCGCAAAAAAAUGGUGAACGACAGCGCCUUCUGCUGGCGUCCGGGACACAGGUUCCGGCGAAAAACAUGCAAAUCGUCAACUCGAUACCGCGUCAAGAGCUGCGACAAGCUGAGACCUUUCGCUAGGUGUGCUUGCCCAUCAAGACUCGCACGCUGCCUGCACACGUUCGCGCCGUUUCCGCAACUCCUUGAAAUAUCGAGCCUUUCCUCUGCAGUGGUGGAUCAGUUUAUGCGAAAAAAAGUAGCAGAUGGAGAGAUUUCACUUUCACCACCGCCCAAUUGUCUCUUCCGACGAGCGAUAUCUUCCCUGGCUGCUCCUCUCUAUACCGCUUCAGGAUGGUCCGCCCCCUACCCGAAUAUAAGGUAA